AUGCCGCAUCAGAAAGUUUCUGGCCUGCCAGCCAAAUCACCAGCAAUGCUAUUGGAGUCAGACAGCAAUUCCACAUCCCAGUCAGCCUCUAGUAUAUCAGAUGGAACCGCCUUAUCAUCUCUAAUUCCAAACCCUAAGGCUACAUUGAAAAAGGGCACCAAGAAGCACAUCAAGGUGGCGGUAAAUAAUAAAAGAAAAGGCAAUAUUGCUCCAUGGGAACAGUGCUUGCAUUUUGCACAUUGGAUUCCUCAGGCUGUUGACAUGUUCUGCAUCCUGAAUGAUACAUUCCGCAUUGCCAUGUUGAUGGAAGAGGACCAGGCUGCCUAG